UUGGAUCUUUAUUUGAAUAGUUUUGCGGGUCAAAUCCCAGACACCUUGGGCAAGCUGUCAAAACUGCGAUUCCUCCGACUUAACAACAACAGCUUGGUGGGUCCGAUCCCUAUGUCAUUGACUAAUAUCUCCUCACUUCAAGUACUGGAUCUGUCAAAUAAUCAGCUCUCUGGAGAAGUUCCGAACAAUGGCUCCUUCUCUUUAUUCACUCCCCUAAGUUUUGCUAACAACUUGAAUCUAUGUGGCCCAGUAACUGGUCGCCCCUGCCCAGGAUCUCCUCCAUUUUCGCCUCCCCCACCUUUUGUCCCACCACCCCCAAUUUCAACACCAGGUGAUUGAUCUUCUUAUUUCUAUUAAACCUCCAGGGUUUUAGGUGAUGGUUAUAUCUAGCACAUCUUCCUCCAUGGUCCUGGACUCCUAUGGUUUCACAUCUUGGUUAUGAUACUUAAGUUCAUUGCUUCUCUAUUGUCUUUGGGAAGUGUUAUUUAUGUAGUAGUUGUACUUUUAUUGAUUACUCAGCCAAUACAGACAGUCUUUUAUUUU